AUGUUCGGAAAGAUGGUUUUCCUCGCCGCUAUCGCUGUAGCAGUAGCCAAGCCCAGUGUAUCCGUGGCUGCCCCACUGGUUGCUGCAGCUGCUCCCCUAGUUGCCGCCCCAGCUCCGUACGUAACUGCCUCAAGCUCUCAAUACAUCUCCAGAAACUACAAUGGAGUAGUGGCCGCGCCUUUGGUCGCCGCUCCCUACUCAGUGGCAGCUCCCUACUAUGCUCCAACGGCUAAGAUCGUGGCACCCGCUGCAUCAUACGUGGCUGCUGCAGCGCCUUAUGUAGCUGCUUCUCCAUACGUAGCGGCUUCUCCUUACGUAGCUGCUGCAUCUUCUUAUUUCGCCUCUGCACCCAUCGUCGCUCUUAAA